CCUCCAUGUCUGCCGGGCCCCGCGGCCGCAGCAGCUGUUGAACCGGGGCCGCCGCUGAGAUCGCCCGGCCCCUGCCAGGUAAAAGGCGUGGCUCGGGGCGGAGGUGCUUUGUUCCAACAUCACCUGUGUGAGUGUGUGAGUGAGGGGAGUCGGUGUCAAACUGUUGUAGCGGUUUAUUAAUCUCUCCGUUCACCACACUAUGGACCGGAAUGACACACCGCACUUUUUUGAGCUUUGACCCGUCGGACCAGCGAGUGGAAACUGGCCUAAAGAGAGUUUUUUCCCCGGUACUCCAACUCUUCUAACCGGCGGUUAAUGGCGCUGUCUCAGAUCCAGUGUCUGGACGAUCACCACGUCAACUGGCGUGUGAGCGAGAGCAAACCGGAGUUCUUCUACAGCGAGGACCAACGGCUGGCGGUUGAGGCUCUCAUCACCAAGGGCCGCGAUGCGUUCAAGGACUACAUCCUCAAAACCGGCGUCCGGGAGUUCCUCUCGGAGCCGGAGCUGGAGCGGAUUGAGCACCAAGCGGAGGCCUACCGCCCCGGGCAUGAGCAUCACCUGAAGCCGGAGACCCCAGGGCCGGGGAACCUCACCCCGGGGUCCGGGGAGGAAGGCGGGGACGGGAAUGUGUCGCUCCAGUACUGGCCAGACCGGUCCGAGGCCUCGGUGGCGGAGCUGGAUCUCGGCUGGCCCGAUGCCAUCUCGUACCGGGGGAUCACGCGUGUGACCGUGUACACGCAGCCUCCGGUCGAGGGGCACACGCACAUCAAGGAGGUGGUGCGCAAGAGCAUUGCAUCAGCCCAGAAGGUGAUAGCCGUGGUGAUGGAUGUGUUUACAGAUGUGGAUAUUUUUCGAGACCUGCUGGAUGCAGCCUACAAACGCAAAGUUCCUGUGUACAUAAUAAUUGACACGGCGGCAGUCCCCUGCUUCCUUUCCAUGUGCGGCAGAGCUGAUAUGCACCGCGGACACCUAAAGAAUCUACGUGUACGCUGCUGUGGAGGUGUAGAGUUCUUCACACGGUCAGCACAGAAAGUGCGUGGAUCGCUCAAUCAGAGGUUCCUCCUGGUAGAUGGAGACAGAGCCAUCUCUGGUUCAUACAGCUUCACCUGGUCCGCAUCUCGUCUGGACCGCAACCUCAUCUCUGUGAUCACAGGACAGGCUGUGGAGACCUUCGACCUGCAGUUUCGUGACCUCUACCUCCUGUCCAGAGGCGUGUCUCUCAACAAGGUCCCCGUGGCAGAUGAACCAAUCCCUGACCCGAUCCCUCAGGCGGUUGCUGCUCCGGUGUCCGCUGCUGUUGCGAGGAAGCUCAUCAAUCCCAAAUAUGCCCUUGUUGCCACAGGAACCCACACAAGUCCCACUUCUUCUGACCAAAAUUCCAGCAAUAAGAACUCCCAGAUUCCCACAGGGCUAAAAAUACUGAAAGGACGUCCUAAAUAUGUUACAGAAGUGCCACCCUUGCAUCCGGGAUUGGCGGAUCUGGAGAAAGCGUACCUGAUCCCGUACCUGCCCACCUGGCCAGAGCCGGACCCACCGAGUGACGUGAUUGGCUUUAUCAACAUCAGGGACGAAAAGCGAGCCAAUCAGGUUCACUUACAGAGGUCGGAGAGGUUUGAGACCAGCCAGGCUAUACGGUUCAGCUCACCACUGUUUCUACCAGCAAAGACUGAGGAAUCUGGUUCAGGUCAGGAUGCAAAACAGACAGGAACAGUAGAAAACCCUCCUGGGGAUAGAAGUAAAGAUAGCUCUACUCCUGUGAGUCCAACCAACAAACAGCAAACACACACAGCUCAGAAUAAAGACCAAACCGAUGCGACCGAGUCCAGAGUGCCCCCUCAGCAGCCAAACACACCUUUAACACAAGACGCUCACACACCAGCUUCACCAUCCAGUGUUACUGCUGAUUCACAGCCAACAGACAAUGCUAAACAAACUCCAGAGACUCCACAAACCGCUACGCCUCCUGUUCCUAAACGCCGCACACUGCAGUUAGUCAUAGAUCCCGCCCCCUCGGAGCAGACAGGCCAACCUCAGGUCACUCUGAUGAAAAUGGACCAAUUGGAAAGUCUAGAUGGCUUUACCGAAAAGAGAACCCAGGAGGAGCUGACACCAGGCCGUGGCCGCUUAACAUCAAAGGACGACGGCAGGGACUCUGGCAGCAACGAGGAGGGCAGCCAAGACAGCACGAAGGUCAUGUGUGACCGAGCAGCCAACGAUAAUCCGUCGAGCACUUCCACCGCAUCAGAAGAGGAGUUUUACGAUUGUUCCCAACCGGAGGCAAGAGACCCGCUGACCAAUGGAGUGACAGCAGGGUCGGGUCGUGGGCAUCGCCAGGGAGACGGGUUCAACAUGAUGGCUCGUCUGUCCCAGAGCAUGCUGGAUCUGCGGGAGCCCAGCCAAUCAGAGGACAGCGCCGACCUCAUCCGCCAGUCACAGCAGCUCCGCAAACAAGCACACGCUUCACCGCAUAGGCACAUAGGACUGUUGUUCCAGGCUUCAAGAUCUCCAGGUCGUGAUGCGCGACUGAGAGGAGCCAAAGUAGUCAUUGCCAAACCAGGAAGUUUCCACCGCCCCACCCGAGCAGCUGGCCCUGUGAUUGGAGGACACCGUUACUGGCAGGGUCAAACGCUGCAGCCCGAUUCGGCUCGCGUAGAGGGGCGCUCUGGCCGGUCGCCGCGACGCCACAGCCCGGGUUACAGGAAGACGGACCACAUCUCGGCACAGCCACCAGACAACCCAUCAGGGUUACUCGGAGUAUCUUUCUCAAAACUGAGCAAUUUAAGACACCUAAGGGCACAAGGUGGAGGUUCGCAGAAGAAAGCGUCUCAAAAUAACAAGCCUACUAGGUAGAACUGUAGUACAUGUACAUAAGGAUGACUUCCUGUUAAGAAAUUGGUGACUCUUCAGCGAGGAAUCUUCUCUAGCUCUGGCGUGCAUGUAAUUUCCUGCUUUCGAACCCUAAGGCUCAUGAUACAUAAACUAUUAGUUGGCAAUUUGAUCUGAAGAUAUGUUUGAAGAGGUUUUGUCUGUAAAUCAGUCGAAUCGCCUUUCACUCUAAUGCUUCCUGGUUUAAGUCUUCUAAUUGAAUGGUUUCUGUAGGGUCUGGUCGAUAAUGCAUUUUAGAAGCAGACAUUUUCACCUGUUCGGUAAUAAACUGAUAAAGAUAUAUGAACUGAGGCAGGGUGUUUUGUAGGUGAUAACAUACAAAAUUUGGUCAGCUGUGACAGUCUUCUCUGUAUUGUAAACAACCCUUUGAACAAAUAUUUCUAAAUUACCUCAAGUGCUUUUUCUUUCUCAAAAUGUUGUACUGUAAUGUUUUUCCAAAACUAAUCUGCACAGACUCUGUAUCAGUCCAUUAUGUCUCCCGACUGAUAUGGAGUCAGGUUAAGUGUUAAUACCACUGUGAUUGGUUACUGACGGUGCAAGUGUAUGGAUACUGUGUUGAUUGCUUUUACGUAUUUGAAUGCUGUACGGGAUUACCUGUGCUGAUGUAGAGAACUGGUAAAUAUACAAAUGUGGGACCAAAAGGGAAUGUUUUUAUGUAAAUAAAAAGACAGAUUGUU